AUGAAGUUAACGAUUUCUAAUGAAGAUUCAGGUGCAAUCAUAACCGUAGAUAUUCCUGGAUCAUUGACCGUUGAAGACUUCCAGGCUUAUCUCCAAGCUGAAACUGAUGUGGAACCAAAGGACCAAAUCAUUUUCCACCAAUCCAAAGAGGUAGCAUUAGGGGCUUCGGCACAGAAACAGAUUGAAGAAUUAGGGUUCAAGGAUGAUGACUUGUUGGUCUUAAAACUGAAAAGAGCUCCACCUCAUCAACAACAUGCUCAACCUCAAACUCAACCCGGAGCUGGAGGUCAAUUUAACCCUGUUAAUGCACAAGUGGAAGAUUUACGUCAAAGGAUCUUGACUGAUCCUCGGUUGAAUCUGCAGGUACAGCUUUCGAAUCCUCGUCUUCAUUCGUUACUUAAUAACCCAGCCGAAUUUAAACAAGAAAUAAUUGCCUCUCUUGAUCAAUACGGGCCUGCUGGACAAGGUGGAUACAAUUCCCAGCAACAGGCAGAGCUCCGUAGAUUGCAAGAAAACCCUGAUGAUCCAGAAAGUCAAGCAAAGAUUCUUGAAUUAAUUCAACAAGAACAAGUGGAGGAGAACAUGAGAUUGGCAUAUGAAAUAUCUCCAGAAUCAUUCACCUCGGUGAAUAUGCUCUAUAUCAACAUUAAAGUGAAUGGUCACCUUGUGAAAGCAUUUGUGGAUUCAGGGGCCCAAACCACAAUUAUCUCUCCCAGAUUGGCUGAGAAAAUCGGUAUUGCAAGACUCAUUGACAAGAGAUAUGUAGGAGAGGCAAGAGGAGUUGGUUCCCAAAAAAUCGAAGGUAAGAUUCAUAGUGUUCCAAUCACUAUUGGAGACUCGGAAACUCCAAUUCCUUGCUCAUUUGUACUUUUAGAAACUUCGGUGGAUCUCUUAUUUGGAUUAGAUAUGUUAAGAAGGCAUAAAUGUGUGAUUGAUUUGGAAAGAGAUGUGUUGGUAGUGGGUGGGAACAUUGAAACCAAGUUUUUACAUGAAAAGGAUAUACCCAAAAGUGAAAUGUUUGGUGGUAAUGGAGAUCCACCUGCUGGUACUAUUUUGGGAGGUGCACCAUUACCUGCAAAGACUUCAUCACUGAAUACUGCAGGCGGUACUCCAGCUGCCAGUGCUGCUGCUGACGCAGCUGCAAAAAGACAAAGAACUACAACUAAUAGUUCCAAUUCUACAUCUACACAAUCUCCUACAUCAAGUUACAAGGAAGAAGAUAUUCAAAGAUUAAUUAAUUUAGGAUUUUCUAAACAAGAAGCCAUUCAAGCAUUAGAUCUGUGUAACGGAAACGUUGAAAUGGCUGCCUCUUUACUCUUUGGUUAG